AUUUGUAACUGUUGAUCAAGAAAACAUUUCAAACUUGACUUCAUCUCUUUCCUGUGUGUGCUGCAGUUUUAUCCACAAAACGAACACAACGGAGUUUAAAAGCGCCACGUUCCCCAACGCCGGAUCCAGACACCUGCUGGAUGACAGUGUGCUGGAAAGUCACACACCCACACGAGGGCAAGCGGAGAGCUCAACACUGUCUAGCGGCAUUUCACUGGGAAGCAGUGAAGGGUCGGAGCUCAGUGAGGAGAUGUCUUGGCCUGCCUUUGAGAGCUCUGCAGAGUCGGAGGAGCUGGCGGUGCAUCUGUACCCAGGAGCCGUCACAGUUCAGGGGGUCUUGCGCAGGAAAACUGUCCUCAAGGAGGGCAAGAAACCCACGGUGGCAGCGUGGACUAAGUAUUGGGUGGCUCUUUGUGGUACUCAGCUUUACUAUUAUACUGCCAAGUCCCUCAAGGCCACAGAGAGGAAGCAUGUGAGUCUCUCCACACUAUUACAGAUACCAACACACAGUAGUCUCACAAACCAUAUUGUUGCUUAUUCUGGAAAAAAAAAAACUUUGACCAUAUUUAAGAAGCUUAAAAAAAGAUUAGGCCUAUUUAGAACUAUUAAGAUUGAUAUUUUUAUGACUAGUUUGGAGUUGGAACUCCAAGUCAUGUUUGUGGCUGUUCAAACGGUCGGGAACACGGAGCGUUUGCUGGAUUCCUGUGUGCGCAUUCAAAAGCCGCCUCCCUCAGAAGUGCCACCUAGCAGCGUGCUAGCGCGGGAACCUCGUGCAGCGCGAGGAUUCAGAUAUGCUAAUUGA